AUGCCACAAAACAUCCUCAUCCUCGGCGCCGGAGAACUAGGCAUCUGCGUUCUCGAAGCCCUAUCCCACCAUUCCAACCAGCAGCACCGGGUAUCCGUCCUGGUCCGUCAAGCAACCCUCGACUCAGCCGCCCCGGAUAAAAGAAAGCUCGUCCAGCGUAUCCGGGCUCUCAACGCCGGGACCGAAGGUGCUGAUGUUGUAGCCGCCAGCGUGGAAGAUCUAGCAGCCAUCUUUAAAAAGUACGAUGUCGUCGUGUCUUGCAACGGUAUGGGCUUGCCGUCAGGUACGCAGGUCAAGCUUCUGGAUGCUGUUGUUGCGGCGGGUGUGAAGCGUUUCUUUCCGUGGCAGUUUGGUAUGGACUACGAUAUUAUUGGGCGGGGAAGCUCACAGGAUUUAUUCGAUGAGCAAUUGAGUGUCAGAAACAAGCUGCGAGCGCAAGAUAGCGUGGACUGGACAAUUGUGUCUACGGGGUUAUUCAUGAGUUUUUUAUUCCUCGCCGACUUUGGCGUUGUGGAUUUAUCUCAAAAGAUUGUUCGCGCGCUGGGAAGUUGGGAGAAUGAGAUUAGUCUCACCACGCCUCAAGACAUCGGUCGUGUCACAGCUGAUAUAAUCCUCGAUCCGCGCGGUAUUGCGAGACAAGUUGUUUACACAGCUGGCGAUACUAUUUCAUACGGACGUCUGGCAGAUUUACUAGAUGAGCGUUUUAAAACGGAGUUUAAGCGUGAGUUGUGGGAUUUGGAGCUGUUGAAGAAGCAGAUGGAGGAUGAGCCGAGUGUGAUGGUCAAGUAUCGAGAUACGUUUGCGCAGGGACGCGGGGUGGCGUGGGAUAAGAAGGGGACUGUGAAUGUGGAGAGGGGGAUUGAGGUUGUUGAUGUGAAGAAGUAUCUUGAGAUGAUGGAUUUCAAGGUUGGGGAGUAG